UUAAUGGCUGCUGAGCACUGGGGCGCGCGCGCUGGCCAGCGCAACGUUGCGUUCCCUCCUCCCUUCCUCCCCUCCGUCCCGCUCGGAUCGGGCAGCCGUUCGGUGUGACUUUGCAGAGCUGGGACCCCAGAGCUUGUGCUUCUGUCUUCGUGAAAACAAGAUUGCUUUUGGGAAGGAGGGGGGGUGGGGUUGGCGAGAGUUUUGUGCAUGCCCUAGUAACUAAGAGAGGGAGAAGGACCUGCUUUCCAGCUCUGUCCCCACUUUGCACCGAGGACCUUGCAGCUUCUCCUCCAUGCUUCUUUUAGAAGAUCUGUUCCCAAAGAUUUCUGAAAUAUUUUUGAAAACCUGAGGAUCCACUCAGCUUGCCUGCAGAAUUUUCUGAACAUAUUUCUUCUGCUUAACUUUGGCCUGAAAUUACACUGAUUUUGUAUCAAGUUUUGAUGGUUCUGGACUGGUCCUCUAUAUUAAGUGCUCUGCAUUCAGCCCUUAUGUGAAUCUUUUUUUAUCAAGGGUCAGGCCUGUGGAUUGUGCCAGCUAUGGCAAGCAACAGUAGCUCCUGUUCUACACCAGGGAGUGGACAUCUCAACAGCUACCCAGUUCCUCACUAUUUCUUCUUUCCCCACAUGAUUGGAGGCCUCUCACCUCCAGGAACUCUGCCUGGAAUGCAACACCAGCUGCCAGUCAGUGGGUACAGUACACCUUCACCAGCUACCAUUGAAACACAAAGUACCAGCUCAGAAGAGAUUGUACCCAGUCCUCCUUCACCACCCCCACUGCCCCGAAUCUACAAACCCUGCUUUGUGUGUCAGGAUAAGUCAUCUGGCUACCACUAUGGUGUUAGCGCCUGUGAAGGAUGCAAGGGCUUUUUCCGUCGUAGUAUCCAAAAGAACAUGGUAUAUACCUGUCAUCGGGACAAGAACUGUAUCAUCAACAAAGUGACCCGGAACCGCUGUCAGUACUGCCGCCUACAGAAGUGCUUUGAAGUUGGCAUGUCCAAAGAAUCUGUCCGGAAUGAUAGGAACAAGAAGAAAAAAGAUGCUCCAAAGCAGGAAUGUUCAGAGAGCUACAUCAUUACACCUGAGGUGGAGGAACUCAUCGAGAAAGUGCGCAAGGCUCACCAGGAGACCUUCCCUGCCCUCUGCCAGUUGGGGAAAUACACCACAAACAACAGCUCAGAUCAACGGAUAUCUCUUGACAUUGAUCUGUGGGACAAAUUCAGUGAAUUGUCCACAAAGUGCAUCAUCAAGACAGUUGAAUUUGCCAAGCAAUUGCCAGGCUUUACCACACUCACAAUUGCUGACCAGAUCACACUCCUCAAAGCAGCCUGCCUCGACAUCUUGAUCCUUCGGAUAUGCACACGCUACACACCAGAGCAGGACACUAUGACCUUUUCUGAUGGCCUGACCCUCAACCGCACUCAGAUGCAUAAUGCAGGCUUUGGACCCCUCACAGACCUGGUCUUUGCCUUUGCCAACCAGCUGCUGCCACUUGAGAUGGACGAUGCUGAAACAGGACUCCUCAGCGCCAUCUGCCUCAUAUGCGGAGACCGACAAGAUCUGGAACAACCAAACCGUGUGGAUCAACUGCAAGAACCUCUGUUGGAAGCCCUGAAAAUCUAUGUGAGAAAGAGGAGACCUAGCAAACCUCAUAUGUUCCCCAAAAUGCUGAUGAAGAUUACAGAUCUACGGAGCAUCAGUGCAAAAGGUGCUGAAAGAGUGAUAACUUUGAAAAUGGAAAUUCCUGGAUCAAUGCCACCCCUCAUCCAGGAAAUGCUAGAGAACUCUGAAGGCAUGGAUUCUUUGGGGGGCUCAACGGGAGCGUCUUCCCAUAUCAGUAGCUUAGCUCCACCCCCACCUCCACCUCCAGGCAGCUGCAGCCCUAGCCUCUCGCCCAGCUCCAACAGAAACAGUCCUGCCACACAUUUACCGUGACCAUGCUGGACCCCUGAACUAGUUGCUUGAUCCCCUCUCUGCGCACAUCAGUCUUUUGCUUCCUGGGUCUGCCUGGACACACCUCUCAGGAGGAGCAGAGGUGGGGUGAAGGCGUAGCAGUAGGACAGGCUGUUGCUGCGGGCAUUCUCCUCUCCUUCUCUGUACCACAUCAGUCCUGCUCAGACCCACGAGGGAAGGCUGCUUAUGUUCUCCUGUACCAGCACACUAUUUCUCACUUAGCUGUUCAAACAAAACAGGGUUCUGCUUGCAAGAAAGGGUCCUGCACUCGUGGAGAGAGGCACAGAUCUUCUCUGAAGGCAGAUCAGCAAAUAGAUCCGAAGGACGGCUGCUCAAAAUUAGGAGCAAGAUUUUUUCCCCCAAAAGAAACUAGUUACAGGAGGAAAAAAUACACUUCUCUGUGGCACGUAUCCCACCCCCCCCCCCCACUCUCUUCUUCAGUCUUGUCAUGCACACAUACAUGCCUCCACAAAGGUGUUGCUUGCUUCUUGUUGCAGUGAAAACGAAGUCGUGGCGGGGGGGGGGGGGGGGAUUUCCCAGUUGAGUUUGCAUUUCGGGGAAAGGAUAUAAUUUUUUUUUAACUGCUCAAACCUUCUCUUCAUCCUCAAUUUGACUGUGCAAUCUUACCUUUGUCUCUUUUCUUGCCUCCUCCUCCUACUUGUCCACUUACAUAUGCCUAAAAAUGUCACCAGCAAUUUUUUUUAAAAAAAGAAACAUUAGUUCUUCAGUUUCUUUUUUUAAAGUACAGUAGAACAUGGAGGGAAGGAUUCAUUUAAGAAAGAAUAACUAUUAUAUAUACAAAUAUCUAUAAAUAUAUAUAAAUACAUUUGAAAAAAAAAAACUUUGUACAAGUUUGGAAUUUGAAGGGUUUCUAAAAAGAGGGUGGCAAGGAAAGGGCCAGAAAAACCAAACCAAACCACGGAGAUUCAUGUAUGGGGUUGGUCAUGCUUCUCAUUAUAGAUUCAAAACUAUUAUCUAGCCAAGUACUUGAAUUUGGUAGCCACUCUUCCAUGAACACUAUGCUGGGAAUGACUGAGAAACCUGGCUUAUUGGUAAGUAAUCAUGAGCUCAUGCACAGUUGCUAAAUAGCCAGAAAUGUACAGUGGCAAAAAAAGUUAUCACUGCAUUCAAAACUGAAUUCUUAGCUGAUCUCUUGAAUAAGGUUACAGAGUCUGCAGAGCAAGGCAUAUUUACAAAGAAAACCCACAAUCCACUGUUCUAAUUUGCUUUAGUCCUAUUUUCAGAGGAAGCUAACUGAAAGCAAUAGGACAACAUUCCUUGCUGCCAGAAUUUCCAGGAGUGCGUUUAAGUUCCAGUGUUUCCUGCAACUGUGGCUAGUAUGAGUUAAAGAUAUUUAAUUUUGGCUAGUCCUGUACUUACUGGCUGCUUUUAUUUGCAAUAUAUCUUGUUUGGAUCACUUGGAUACAAAGCUAAAAUCUCACAAUUCUCAUUUUUCAUUUCUAUUUUGGCAAAUGAAAAAUUGAGAAACGAGGGGGUUCUAAACAUUGUGAUAAAAGUGUUGUUUUGAGCAAAAUGCUUUGUUUUCUAAAGAUUGUGUGUGUGUGUGUUGUUGAGAUCUGAUUGUCUUAGAAUAUGACAUGACAUUUAAACAGAAUUGUGUAGGGUGGGAGUAGCAAAAAGAUUUUAGUUCUCAUAAAAGCACGUCCCUCAGGUUAUAACUUUAAGGCAUGUGCUCCACACUUCUCAGAUAUGUAUAUAAAGUUGUGAUUUCAUAUAAAAAGAUCCUGGUGAGUUUAAAUCCUACCAUAAUUGUUGAAUUGGAUGGGAAUGGGCUUGUGAGAUGUCUUAUGUGUGUCCCUUAAAAGAAAUGACUGCUUGGUGUAAAUGAAUUACUUUAUUCUCAGCCCUAUUGCAUUAGUGAUCAGCAAUUUAUUAAAGGGUUAAAUCAGCAGGGGUUAGCCAUAGUAAGUCAAUGGACCUUUCCCAUGGUAAGGUAAUAUACUUUUAAACAUUAGAUGCCAAGGAGUAACAAUAAAAGAAACCUGUGUUUGUUACAACUGAAAUUUCUGAAAUAUUUGGCUGGUUGCCUGGAAAUAGAACUAGACCCAUGAUAAGAUGAAUCUACAGCUUAGUUCUUAUUAUACCAAUGUGCAAUUACCUUGCACAUAGCAAAGGAUGCCUCUGUGAGGGCACUAAGCUGGAAUUUCGAUGGCACAGUGAGCUUUGUUUAGUUUAGAAACCUUUUACUAAAUAAACUACAAUUAACCAAUUGUAUGUUUUUGACAGCAGAGGCAGAAAUACUCUGCAUGACAACUCAAUGCUUGUCCAAUCAAAGUGGAGAAACAUGGUCAUAUUUAACAUAUUGAUGUAUGGAUUAGUUACAAAAACCAUACAUCAACAUUAAUGUAUGGAUUGAUUAUGAAAACGAUGUAGUACAGAAGUUUGGAUGGCCUUAUCAGAUGAGUUUGUCAAUAUUGUUCCAGGCUGAGAUUAAUAAAUAGGUUUACAAGUUAAAUAAUUAUCUAUUCGCUUUCCAAAUCAUCUACUUGAUUUAUGUUAAGAAACCAUAAAAUAUUGGACUAGAAAGGUUUUGCUUUAUCAGAACAAGACAGUUCUUACCAAAUUCUCUCCUGUUUAGAGUUGUGUGGAAUCCUUUGGAGUUUUCUUCUGAUACGUGCAGUGGCAUUUUCUUCUCCUUCUAUUGGUGUUUCUCAUAAAACCUUUUAAAGAUUGGAGGUUGACAAUCAGAAUAGUGUUUUGUUGCACAGUCAUGACAACAACCCUAAUACGGAACAGUUGUCACCUCUUGUGCUUUUGUGCUUUUACAUUUGUUUGUGCAAGGCAGACAGGCUCAAUGGAGAAGGCUUUCCAGGCUGCACCCCUUUAAUGUAAGGAUGAACAAUCUCUUUUUGUUAGGAUCUUGCUUAUCAUCUGUUAAUGUUGAAUGGACUCAGAAGAAUCACAGGGUUUAAAAUAAUCCAGUCAUGAUUCAAGUAGAUAGAGAUGGAAAUUUUGUUGCUUUCUAUUUUCUUUUUGGUGAUGGGAUUUAGGAAUGCAUUUAGAGUUUUCUGAAGUUUGUCACCCCUUAUCAGUUGUACAAUAUGAUGGGGUGGGCAUAGUGACCUAAGAAAUGUAGAGGCUACUCAACUUUGCUUUAAUGAUGCCAGCAGCUAGAACCAAGUCCAGGAAGAGAUGGAGUUCAGCAAUCCACCUAUUCACAGUGGACAUGGACAUGGGGCUAAAGGUGUUUUGUUAUUUAAUCAAGAUGGAAUAAUUUCAGCUCUGGAAACAAAGUUCAGCCCUUCCUUUAAAAACUGCAACACUUAGCACUGGAAAACAUACUUUGUAAAAGUUGGUAAAAAAUGAAAUAAGGUGUCAAUGCCUCUUUUAAGUGGAGGUGAGAAAUAUGCAGCCUGACUGGGAAUGUGCUGGGAAAGGAAAAAUAAUUUCUACAUUGUGCUACAGUGCGAUAGUAAGUAUAGCAAAUACUGGUGUCCACUCUCGUUUAGGAGAUAUCAUCUGAUUUCAGUCUAUAUAAGUCUGUAUAAGUGCUUUUGGUUUCAGCUGUUCUAAAGCCAAGCUUAGCUAAAAUUCAGUUACACUGUGCUGAAAUCUUUGCUUCUGAAGACUCAGAGGUUUAUUUGGUACACAAUAGUGUAACGUGGCUAUAGUUGCCAGUCAUUAACCAAGCUUCUUUGCCAAAUGCUGUGAGAAGGUAAAUUACCACAUAUGCAACAUCUCAUUUAUGCACAAUGCUUUUUCCCUCAAUAUAGGACCUGCAGGUAAACAAGUUUAACAUUGAGACUACAAGUGUAUCAGAAUCCAGGCUAGAGUGUAUUAGUCUGUCUUGAUUAAGCCUAUUCCACAAAAUCAAUUUAAAAAUUGGUACCUUGGUUGCUAUUUCUGUUAUUUCAAAAUCUCAUUGCCUUGGUUGAAACUGAUCCCAUUCUGUAGCAUCCUCCCUCUCUGUGUACAAAGGGAAAGAUGAUGGGGUGGUGGAAACAACAGACGGACAAAUGCUGGUUUCCUGUUGAAGGUCAGAGUGAAACUGUCAAUGGCACCCCUGCUGCUCCGCCAGGCUAGUGAGGAAAAUGCAAAGCUAUCAGGCCAGCAUUUCCCUUUCAGGACCUGAGGCUUUGAGCUUUUCCAGCUGAAAAGACCUUCAAAGUAGAUUCUUUUGCAUUGUGGCCUAGCCAGAAGUACAUUAUCUCUGUAGCCAUAAAGAAAACAAUAGCAUGGGAUUACUGUACACAAAUGUGGAAUCAAUCCAAGAAUGAUGAGAACACCCCUUAAGUCACAAAAUGCUGAUCAGUAGCCAAAGAUGGGGAGGGCUUUAAAAUCAAAGAAUUGUAAAGAGAAUUAUGGGAAUGGUUGUGAGAAACUGCCUCUGAAAUAGAGUAAACUGAAGAUUUGAACUGGAGAAUAGCUCUUUGAUGAAGGAAUGUGAUGAGCCUUACAUUUAUUUGCCUUAGAGAGAAUGGUAUUUGAAUUCUUUAUCUUUGGAAGCCUGGACCCAGUAUUUUACCAAGCUAAUGGAAGACAACGCAAAAGACCACCAGAAGAAGAUGAGAUGCACCAGCCUUUUGGCCACAUUAAAGCCAGUCUGAAUUUUCAUAAAUGGAAUUAUUCAGAAGCCACUUUAAUUAAUCUGAAGAACUGAUAGUUGCAACACCAGCUUUCUUCUAUGUGUUGUGCAGCAUUCAGUCAAGCAAAUAGCGACAGCAAAUAUUUCCCAGUAGUUUAGCAGGAGGGAAAAAAAGGCCAGAGAAACUGUUUGAGAAAAGUCAUCUGAAGAGCUGCUGCUGAUCCAUUGUGGGUGACUGAGAAUAGACUUCCUGCUAAGUAAGCGGAGACUGCAGGAGGAAUAUAAGAUAGCCAGGUUCCAGGGAGUGAGUUCACUGAGUGAACAGGGAUUAAACAGACAUUUUUUCCAAUGAAAUCUUUUAACUUUCUAAAUCAAGCACUGUACUGCACUAACCUGAGAGCCUCAGAAAGAACAAGAAAUAAAAGCUGGUUGUUAGUGAUGCUUUAGUAACCAAAAACGCAAACAAACCAAGUAGUCUACACUCAUGUCCUUCAGUGUUUAUAGCAUGCUAUUUUCAUCCCCAACCUACCUGGCAUAUGAUUGCAUUAAAUGCAGGCUUGCAACAGUUGCUUCAGACCAGGUGAAUGGGGAGUCAAAGGUUUGGAGCAAUGAUCAGCUGUAAUUCAGCCAAUAUGACAGUAGAUUAAAAAGUUUCCAAAUCUGUUUCAAUGCUUAGUGACUUAAUGGACCAAUCCAUCGAAUUUUCUUGACAAAUGAAUAAAAGUGAGGUGCCAUUCCAAUAUGUUUAUUCAACUUUCCAAACUAGCCCUAUUACAGGUAGUUUUCGACUCGCAAUGCAAUUGGGAUCAGAAUUUCAGUUGCUCAGCAAGGUGGUUGUUAAAUGAAUUGUACCCAAUUGUACAACCUUUUUGCCACAGUGGUUAAGUGAAUCUGUGGAAUUGUGAAGUGAAUCACACUGUUAUUCGGUGAAUCCUGCUUCCCUCAAUGACUUUGCUUGUCAGAAGCAGCUUGGGAAUGUUAACAAUGGCAACCACAUGACCCCAGGUGCUGCAGUUGUCAUAAAUACAUGCCAGAUACCAUGCACCUGAACUCUGAUAAGGUGAAUGUGGGGAUGCUGCAAAUUGGUCCAGUGCCAUUGCAACUUUGAAAUAUUCAUGAGUCCAGAACUACCUGUAUUUGAAAGAUUGGGUAUGCAAAUUGUGCUGGUAGGACCCAUUUACUUCUGGAGUUACAAGAGUUACCUAUAUGAUGGGCUGCUGGCAUGAGUUGUUCCUCAUAAGACCUGGAAAGAAAGGCUUUGAACUGAAUCCUGUGAGAGGUGGAAAUUAAAUCUCCGAAGUGGAAAUCUCAACUAACUUGCCUUCUAUAGGAAGACUUGGGAGCGUAAAACUUGUGGGAAAAAAAGGUGUAUUGCUGGUGUUUUCUCAAGGAAUUGCAGAUAAUUCUUUUCAAAAGCAAAUUGCAGGUUUCUUAAAUAAUAGGGGAUGUUAAUUCCACCAAAACCUACUGGUCAAAAAGUACAUUCCUAACUUUGUCACUUACAGUUUUUCCUUCAGAGAAUGGAAGAAGUCUCCAGAGCGUUUACUCUGACUUCAUACCAACUAAUAAAGAUAAUCGAGGAAGUAGAAAUAGCAGAAAUAUUGGAAAGUGGGUAUGAGAUAAUGAUAAUAUAACCAUGGAAUUCUUGAUUUUCAGGCAGUUAAAUAUAUUCAAAUUCAUAUAUUGAAUUUCAGCAAUAAUAAGUAGAAUUCUAUAGCAGGGAGAACAAAUAGAAAAGGAACUCAAAUUUAGCCUGAAUUCCUAUAAAAGGAAAUGCUAAAAGAAAAAAAAAUUACAAAUCAUUCCAAUGGGAAAAUAAAUAGGACAGUAGAAGAAACCAGUGGCGAAGAUUUGAAACAAGCAAAAGGAAAUGUACAGAAGAUGGAAAAUUGAACAUAUCACCAAGAAAGAAGACACAGAAAUGUAGAGAUGAGAUCAAGAAAGCUGAAGCUCAGUGUGUGUUUAGAUCAGUGAGGAAUAUUUCAAACAUUACAAAGGUCAUCUUUAGAUGUCUUCAAAAUAGAAGGAAAAGAAUCCACAGGCUGGCUGCUAAAUGAAGCAAAGUAACAAAUAGUCAUCUCCUAUUUUGGCUCAGGCUUCUCCAACAAGAGGUAAUUGUGAGGAGCAAGACAAAGAGGCAGGUGAGGCACGAGGUUAAAUGUAAUAAUUUCAACAACCACUCAGUAUACCUGUUUAUUUCAAACAAGUUUAAAUCUCAGGCCCAGAUGAAUUAUUGAGUUAUUAUUGGGAAGUCUUGCUAAUGUCUGAUGAACCCUCUGUAGAUGGUGUUUGAGAAAUCUUGGAGAGCUGGUAAAAUGUUAAUGAGUACAGAAAGAAAAUAGCGAUCAACUUUGUAGAUAGCACACAAAAUAUUGGGAUAAUAACGUAAAAAUUGCAUUCAAAGUGGGAUGUGCAGGACUUUGAGUCCUAAAGGCUUCAGGGAGGGAGUGGCCAUGCUUGUUGUACCUGUUGGUGUCUGCUUAAAGAAGCCACACCUUUUUGUGGAUUUGUACUCUAGCUAUGAACCCCAUGAAAAGUUUUUC